UCGACACGCGCCCGUCUCUUUUCGGAUUAUGGAUCUCUCCAACCAACGUAUCAAGCUGAAUAUAGGCGGGUCUAAGUUCGAAGUCAGUGCGUCCACGCUGCAGCGUUACCCUAACUCACUGUUGGGUAAAAUGUUUUCUCCCUCUCAAUUACACACCAUUAAGCCAGAUGCCAACGGCGAGUUUUUCUUUGACAGAAACGGCCGUUUGUUCGAAUUCAUCCUUGAGUUUUAUCGUUCAGGAACCCUCGAAAUGCCCUCUGACUUGUCAAAAAAACAAGUUUUAAAAGAGCUCGAGUACUGGCAGAUCAGCCCGUCUUACCUCGAAGUGCCCAAGUCGACUUCUCGUGGAUAUGUCCCCGUGUCCGAAAACGGGGAGGCAGCCGACGAAGAGCUAGACGACUUCAGCGAGCUGUCGCCUCAAGAGCAGUUCCAGAAAGCCAACCGACUUGUACACCGCCAGGACGUUGAUCUGAUUUAUCGAGGAAUAUCCGUUCUCCUAGCUCUAUUGGACUAUCUGGACAACGCAGAAGAGGAGUCCACUCACGUCGCUAGCCAACAACCGGAUGCGCUCACACAUACCAAUGUAUUGUUUUGUAUAGCAUUAGGCUACUAUCGUUUGGGAAAGCUUUCCAAGGCUAAGGAGUACAUCCGCCGCUUAGAGACAGGGUCCGACGACCAGAGGCUGUUAUCGAUUAUAAAGACACUCGUGGAAGACACGUCGGCCAGCUACACCAGAUGCGGGCUUCUCCUGUUGUCGCUUACUGGCUUGGCCUGCGUCGUGCUUGGGAAGAGUUGGUGGAACAGACGAUGUGUCUGA